UUCCUUCACUUCUUACAGGGGAUUAUUCUGAAGAUUCAGGGGGUUGAAGGAUUAACCAAGGCAGAUUAAAGUGGCUAUCCUCAACCUGGUAAUCCAGCCAUCUGUCAGAAAGCAGUCAGGCAGCAUUUGGCUGCAGGGUGUGAUUUGUCUCCCUUCCUCAGCUUGCUAAUUAACACUGCCAAGGACCAGCUCUCACAGGCUACAGGACAUCAGGACUGUUUUAAUAAAGAAACACUCUUCUUCAAAAUGCAAGAAGCGUAUUUGCUUGACCAUCCUGGAGUAAAAAAGAAGAUUUUGCAUGGAGGUCAAGGACCAUUGCCACAUUUUCCUAAGGGAACCAAGCUGGCGUUCCACUUUCAGACUCUGUUGGACAACUUUGAAAGAACCGUGAUUGAUGACAGUCGCAAAAAUAAGCGUCCCACGGAGAUUUUCGUGGGGAAGAUGUUCAAAAUGGAGGUGUGGGAGGUGCUGUUAACCUCCAUGAGGAUUGGAGAGGUGGCGGAGUUUUGGUGUGAUGCUGUUCACACAGGUCUUUAUCCUAUGGUGUCAAAAGGGAUGCGACUGGCUGCUCAGGGUAAGGACCCUCUAGAGGGCCAAAACCACACGUGUGGCAUGGGAAACUUGUUUCACUACCAUUCGACAGGCUUUCCAGAGCUUGAUGAGAUAAUGAGGACACCUCAACCUCUAAUCUUCAUCAUGGAACUAAUCUCGGUGGGCGACCCGUUCUCUUACCAGCGGGAGUCUUGGAUGAUGGAGAAGGAUGAGAAACUAAAGGUUGUGCCCUCGCUACAUCUUUUGGGCAACGCUCUAGUCAAGCAGGGUCGGUUCCGUGAAGCUGCAGAAAAGUACCAAGAGGCUGUGGUUCUGCUGCGAACUGUCCAAUCCAGGGAGAUGCCUGGAGAUGAAGAUUACAUUAAUCUGGACAGGCUUAUCAUUCCUCUUGUACUGAACUACUGCCAGUGCAUGUUAGAGCUGGAGGAAUAUUAUGAAGUCAUAGAACAUACGACAGAGCUCCUGGACAAACACAAAGACUGUGUCAAAGCCUACUAUAAGCGAGCGAAGGCCUAUGCAGCUGUGUGGAGUGAGAGGGAGGCCAGGAGAGACUUCCAAAUGGUGGCCAACCUAGACAUCACCCUGUCUCGAUUGGUGCAAAGAGAACUCAGUCUUCUCUCUGAGAGAAUGAAGGAAAAAUACUGGGAGGAUAAAGAAAGGUACUGGAAGAUCCUGGAAGACAGAGAAAAUGAACCAGAGAAGGAGGACAUCUCUGAGAUGGAUGCAAAAGAGGAAAGCAGAGAGGAACAUUCUCAGUCCCCUGAAGAGGUCAAAGAUGCUGAGAAGGGAAAUAACCCAUCUGUAGCAGAGGAAAACAAGCAUGACACCAAAAGUGAAGACUUCGCAGCGGAGGCCAAUCACAGGAUAACAGCUCUGACCGAGGGCAACGACUGGCAGCAGAUGCUACGGCUAAUUAUGCUGCUCCAAGACGAAGGCAAUUUCAAUGUGAAAGAGCAUAAAUACACUGAGGCGACUGCUAAGUUCAAGGAGGCUCUGGAGUAUGUAGACCAUCUCCAAACUAAGGUGGAACAUAAAGGAGAAGACUGGGAAUCUCUAGAGAAAGUCCGUCUGCCACUCUGUCUAAACCUCAGUCAGUGUAAGCUGGAGCUUGGGGAAUACCAAGAAGUAGUGGAUCUCAACUCUAAACUGCUGAAGAAACAUAAAGACAAUAUGAAAGCUGUGUACCAGCGGGCCCAAGCUCACGCCGCAUUAUGUAACGAAGACGAGGCUCACAGGGAUUACAAUAGGGUCAUGCAACUGGAUCCCAGAUUCAAACCCAUCGUCAAACAGGAGAUUAAGAAGAUGGGUGAGAACAUAAGAGUGAAGUGUGUCAAUGAAAACAAAAACUACUGGACAAGCACUCAGGAGAAGUGGGAAAAGAAGACGCAGACCAAGAGAGGAAAGAAGAUGAAGAAAGGAGUGACAUGGGCAGAUGAGAGUAAAAUGUUGGGAAGGCACGAUGAAGGACAGCUGGCAAAAUCUGGCGGCGGUGACAAAUUAGAGGAGAGCUGCAGUGUCAAACCAGGUAAUAAAGAUGAAGGACAGGAUGAGAAGAAAAACUUUGAGAAAAAUGAAGACGAGAGCUCUCUGACCCUGGAAGAAGCACAAGAAAAAACUGCGGCUGUAGAUAAAGACCAAAGCAAUGUGCUGGGAGAUAGUACACAGAGAUCACAGACAGAUAGCAGGGCCACUGAAACUCUACUGACCAGUGACAUUACAAAGAAAAAUGAACAGGAUGAGAUCACAGAUGAAAAACAAGAAUCUCCUGCAAAGCCAGACAAAGAUGCAAGCAGUGGAGCAUCACAGAAAGAAAGACCGCCGGACUCGACUGGAGAUGAUGAAACCGAGGAAAGCUACUGAUUUUAAGAUGGAGAAGACAAAUGUUGAUGAACAUCACCUGCAAACCCGGAGAAAUUCACCACAAAUAUUACAUUUAAACAGAAAAAGAAACAGAUUAAAUGGCGUCAUUUGAAAUAAAUAAAUCAAUAAAUAAAUGAAACAAGACCAGGUGUAUAACAAAUAAAAAUUUAUUUCUUUGUACACAAUGAGUAGAAAGCAGCCAGUAACUCAUUCAGUUUUCAAAAUGCCUUCCUUUCACAUUUUGUACAGAUUAAAAACACAAAAACAAAAAACUAAGACUCUAAGAUUUAUUAUGGUUAAUAAUUAAAAAUAAAACUGCAUUGCACAUGGAAAUCAAAACAUAAAAAAAAACAGAACGAAUAUAUUGCAGGGACACAAAUAAAACGUAAUAUUUGUAUUCAGGUCAUUUGUCAUGGUGUGUAAUGGGCGAUGCCACAGGUUCAGGGGUUAAACCAGUUGUGUAGUUCAACAUUUCAAACAAGCCUGCAAAACCAAAGACGUAUUGGGGUCGUGACAUACAGGUCUGCUACACACAAACAAAAAUAAUGAGCGUAUUUGUUAAUGAGGCAGAUAGCUAAAUAUAGCUCAGGCAGCCCUUAGCAAUGCGGUCAAAUCCACAAAAUAUUUCCUUCUGUAAUUGAAAACAUUUCACAAAUGCAGCACAUAUCAUUUUCUAAAAGUAGACAAGGGAGCAAUUAUGAGUUAAAAAGAUCAUAUUAAGGAAUAGUAGAUAUACAUAUAUGCCAGAAUGGAGAAUUAUUAUAUUUUGCAAAUAGAAGAAUUGCCAUGUAUUACAUAAUGCUACAUGAUUUGCUACCAUGUUGAAGCUCUAUAUAUCAUAAUCUGCAACAAAAACAAAAAAAAGUUUAACAAGUCAUCUCCCUUUCUACAGGCUUAAAAGUCAUUUUCUUAAUCAGCAUUUUGUCUCGCUUUCUAUUAGAAAUAUCUAAAUAUGCUUAAGACACGAUUCACUUAUUUGAAAAACUGUUUAUUCUUUUCAGAGAAUAUAUUGAAUCAUUCUUUAUUCUUACCCAAUUGGAGAUUAUUUAUACGAUUUGGAAAUUUAUUAAGAAAAAGAAACUUCAAAUUUAAGCUAUUUUACUUAAGAUGUCAAAUAUACUUUCAAUAAAAUUGGGUUAAAAAAAAGAACUUAAUUGUAAAGUAUAGGCCUAUCUCUAAAAAUAAAUCAUAAUAUUAAAUUUAGUAAAUGUAUCUUGUUUUAAAGAUGUUUGGAUGUUAUACUGGGAAAAAAAAAAGUGUUGAAAUGAGCUUCAGACAAUCCACACAUUUACAGCCCUGGAUCAGCUGAGACUGUUUGGCGUGGAACAGAAAGGGAGCUGGAGAAAGACACCGAAUCGCAAUGCGCAUACUUCAAUGUGUGCGUCUGCAUGUGUGCGGUGCUUUUGUCCCGAAGAAGCACUGGAAUGAUAAAUGGAUGUCGCUGUGGAUAGAACACCAGAUGUUGAUCUUAAUGAGGAGCCAUGCAAGUUAAACAGUGGCAGGCAUAUGGGGCGGAGGGGACCCGAAUGUACCCCUCUCUCUUCCUCCAUAUGUUUAUUUGUAUCUCCUCCAUUAUGAAGUCACCCCACCUUUCUAAAGACCAACUGCAGCACCGUGUCCUUGGGGACAGUUCCUUAGCAACCACAUCAAAACAAACAGACAGCUCGCCACUGUGAUGUAAAAUGAGAUCAGAAUGCGUGCGAAAGAAAGCCGGCGAUGCUGCAGUGGGAUUCAAGCAAAACCUACAGUGCAACAGGGGUCACUUUGUGUUUUUCUGGAGAAGGGGAAAGCGAGUGAUCGCUAUACUUGCAACACGUUUCCCAAAACAAAUGGAGAACAGCUCUUUCCCUCUCAGCUGCAAUCAUCUCAAUCCUGUUUGCAGGGGCUGCAGUGCCACAACCCUUCACAGUGAAUAUUUACACACUUUUCUCUUUCCCAUUUGCAGUCUUUCCUUCACACCGUAUCUCUUCCCGCUCACAAUCUUUUUCUCUUUUCUACUCACUACACCCCCAGCAUCUUCUCUGCUCAUAUAAAUCUGACACCCCACAGUAAAUCACUCCACGAAAAAAAAAAAAGCCCUCUUUCUCUGUUUACAAAGAGCGUGAUACAUUUGCCGUCCUCCUCUUUCGGCAUAAUGUAAAAUAAUCCUUCCACACACUCACUUUCAUUUUCUUCCUUAGAUUGUGGAAACGCUGAGAUCUGGAGAACAGCAUUUGGUAAACAAAAUACUUACAUCAGGAAGACGACAAUAAUACAGUGAGAUGUAAGACUGGUAUUCUUUAGGAAAAAAAAAAUAAGGGGGAGCUCUGAAGGGAUAAUAAGAGCUGUGCUGGGUUUAAAAUGAGUCAGGCUGUGACUUGAGUGUAAAAGACUUUCCCAAGCCAAGGUGAAAAGGGCCGAACCUGGCAUCGACUCGUCUUAUUUGGUAUCUACCUUCUUGUUCACGCCACGCUGGACAGCUGUAAUUUAACGGCGAGUGCUCUGACAAUAAAACAACACAACAAAUCUCCAUUCCUGAAAGACCUUUCCCUUGUGACCUGAAAACCAACAGCUGAGAAAUCCGCUCAUCUCCUCAAUAAAUGCUUUCUGUACUAGUGGCUACACUGCAAAAAAAAAUCAAUUUAUUAAUCAAGGUUUUGUCACGUUAUCCAAAGGAAAUAUCUAAACAUCCUUAAAAACAAGAUACAUUUAUCUGAGAAGCAGUUUUAGGAUUACAUGUGAUCUCAGUCAAUACAUUUUUUAAUGAAUUUUUUUCCCCCUCCUUGGUUUAAGCAUAAAUCUCACUAUAUUUAGUUAGAAAUGUUUUGGAUUCAAUAAAAGUUGUGCUCAACUGACAACAUUCAUUGAAUAAUUUAUGUUACCACUGAAACUAAUUGAAACUCACCUUGGUUUAAAAAAAAAAAAAAAAAAAAAAAAAAAACGGCAUAUGUUGAGAUGAAGAAAUCCAUUUUUGCCAGUUUAAUUAGGAAACAUAAGCUGCUCUCUGUUACACACUAUAAUAAAUACACUCUUGCUUUGAAGAGUUUGGCAUUGGUAA